GUGAGAGUCGGAUCAUAACAAGCAGUGUGAGGCAGACUGACGAGCUCUGCGAGCAUGAACUUGUAGACUUUGUUUACUUUUUUUUUGUGGAGGUAGAAGCGGGACUGUAUCGCAUCUCCUGACCUGCCUGUGUUCACCGAUCCCGGGCCUCACAAUCGGAGGACGACGACCACGACCGCGACCCCUCCAGUCGGCACUUUUUUGUUUUGGAGGUACAGCAGCAAAGGGGGAAGCUAGCUAGCUACUUUGUUACCAGGCGUUUGCCGGUUCGCACUCAGCGGAAUAGUUUCUGUUUGCGGGUGUGUAUGUAGGCUGCCUUCUCAAAAGGACACCUGCUGUCGGGAAAAUGAGACUCCCCGCACGGCUGCUAACCUGCACCCUGCUGUUGAUGUGGCCGCUGUUUGGGUCCUGUCGUCCCUCGCAGACCUCAGGUCAGCCCGGCCUGGUGCUCAUGGAGCACUUCAGCCGCUCAUGGGUCGGAUUUAACUGGAGAAAUGUCACCUGCCCCCUGUGCAAAGCUGUCUUCACCAUCCUUGAUAUCGCCCUUCUGAGUGAUGCAAAUGAAGAGCGAGUAGCACAUGCAGUAGGUGAGGCAUGUAUCCGUCUUCAUCUGGCUGAUGAGCUGGUUUGUCGGGAAAUAACCGAGCUGUUCAGGGACGACUUCAUCCGGGCCCUGCAGGAGUCUCUGCUGUGGCCCACCGAAGCGUGCGCCCUGCUCGUGGGACCUUCCUGUGGCAAAUUUGACAUUUACGCACCCUGGAACAUCACCUUACCAAAGACCCCCAAGCCCCCUGUUAUACCACCCUCUCUUCCCAAACCUGGUUCUCCACGGAGCAGGAUCCUGUUUUUAACUGACAUCCACUGGGACCAGGAGUAUCAAGCUGGCAGCGCCGCAGACUGCAAGGACCCUCUGUGUUGUCGUAAGGACACGGGCUUUCCCAGCUGGAGGCGGAGAGAGGCUGGGUACUGGGGAACCUACAGCAAGUGUGACCUGCCUCUGCGUACAGUGGAAAACCUCCUGAAGAAUGUUGCCAAAGCCGGACCCUGGGACUGGGUCUACUGGACCGGAGAUAUACCAGCACACAACGUGUGGUCUCAGACGAGGAAACAACAGCUGUCAGAGCUUACAGUCAUCUCCAGGCUCAUCCGCAAACACCUGGGACCUAACGUGACAGUUUACCCUGCUGUAGGGAACCAUGAGAGUACGCCAGUGAACAGCUUCCCACCACCUUUUGUUCAUGGCAACAGAUCCUCUACCUGGCUCUACAAUACGAUGGCAGAGGAAUGGUCUGCAUGGUUACCAGAGCAGGCUUUGAAGACUCUAAGAUAUGGUGGAUUCUACACAGUGGAAAUUCAACCUGGUCUAAGAGUGGUCUCUCUCAACAUGAACUUUUGUGCUAGAGAAAACUUCUGGCUGAUGGUGAACUCAACUGACCCUGCUAACCAGCUGCAGUGGCUACUCCAUAUACUCCAGGCCAGUGAGGACAAAGGAGAGAAGGUACAUAUUAUUGGUCACAUCCCACCUGGCCUGUGUCUUGGCAGCUGGAGCUGGAACUACUAUCAUAUAGUCAACAGAUAUGAAAGUACAAUUGCUGGACAGUUUUUUGGCCAUACACAUCUGGAUGAGUUCCAAAUGUUUUAUGACGAGGAGAAGAUGACCCGCCCAUUGGGAGUGGCAUUCAUUGCUCCCAGUGCCACUACUUAUGUUAAUCUUAACCCAGGAUACCGUGUCUACUAUGUUGAUGGGAAUUACAAAGGCAGCUCUCGGCUAGUGCUAGACCAUGAAACCUACAUUCUCAACCUCACAGUGGCAAACCACAGUCCAGGGGCACCCCUCAGCCCCGACCCAAACCCCAAAUGGACACUGCUGUACCGUGCCACUGAGGCCUAUGGUCUUUCCAGUCUGUUCCCUUCUGAUUACCAUGGUCUGAUUCAGACCUUUAUCAAUGAGGACAGAGUCUUCCAAAAGUUCUGGUACUUAAGAUUCAAAGGACACGUGUCGGAACCGUGCAAGGAGACCUGCAAAACCACUUUGCUUUGCUUUCUGAAAAGCGGGCGCUACGAUGAGCUGGAGCAGUGCGAUCUCCUCAAUGGCUUUGGAGGAAGCUUGGCUCAGGCUGCCAGAAAAACUCUUUGCUGAUAUGAGGAUGUUUGGACUGAAUGGUUGGGUGGGGGAAAAAGCAAUAUGACCAAAAUAUCAAAUUGAGCCAGAAGGUAAUUUUUUCUCCUGUUGCUGGUGGGUCAACAAGGAUUGAUGUAAUUGUUAAGUCAUGCAUUAUUGUAACAUUUGAUCCAGAUUUUGGAAACCUGGCAGUUCUCAGUUACCCUUUGUGUUGUCAGUAAUGUUUUUACAAAGACACUUAACUGAUUGUGUUUGGCAACAUGGGUUGGGUUUUUUUUUGCAAUGCCAGUUGUGUAAAAACUGCUUGAAAGUGUGCGGAACGAUGUUCUGUUUACUUGAAAUGCACAGAAUGGCAGGGAUUAUGUAGCAGGUUCAAAGUUGUCAUGAUUUUUUGUUGGUCCUACUGUACUGGGUGCCUUGCGUUAGAGAAACUAAUCUUAAACAUAUCCAUCCUUAACAACAAUCUAAACAAAAACAAAAGUUUUUAAAAUGUUUUCUUGUAAAUUGGUCAAAAUGACUGUCUGACCUUUUGCCCUGUCCCACAAUGCAAGAAUAAUGUAACACUGGUUAGAGAUUUGAAGGUUGUAAAAUGAUUCAGUAGGCCACUUAGUUUAUUGAAUGUGGUGGAUUAAUCGACUUCAGCAAUUAUUUAUCAGAACUGGGUUUUGCUGAGUUGUUAUGCAGCUUUCAGGAAAUUAGUUCCAGUAAUUUUGAUAGUCCUUUCGGCACCACAGUGGGGAUGUAGGUCAAUUAGUAAAGCAUCCACCUUAAUGCACAGCACCAUCUGCCUCAGCAAAGAAGUUUUCAAACCUAAGUAUCAGUAUUUCUCACUGAGGUUUACUUCUAUCUGCACUUUAAUUCUUUUGUUGGCUAGUUAACUUCCAGGUUUAAUAGAGAACGAAUCUGACCGACCCAAAGUGUGACGAGCUUGGGAAGGUUCUCAGAUCUUGAUGUAUGCAGCCUGUGGCGUAACAUGAGCAUGACAAGAAAUACAAUUUGUAAAAUGAGCAAUAAUUUAAAGAGAUUGUAUAAAUUAUGAAUAAAAGAUGAAAUCU